CUCUAUCAUGUUGACAGAUAUUGUCAAGCAAAUAAUAUUGAUGAAACGAUUGAUCAAAUUGACAAUAAAGCUGAACUUGAUGAAUUUUUAAGUUUGUUUAUUGCAUGGCUUACGAAAAUUGAUGGCAAACCAUUUAAAGUUAAAUCAAUUAACAACUGUUAUGCUGCAUUAGCACGCUAUUUAUGUAAAAAUUCUUCUAUUCUGGCUUUGAAUUUAAAUAUUGAUGUAUCGGAUUUGGAUAAUUCAGCUAUUGAAGAGUCUCACAAUUCAGUGAUUGAAGAGUCUUAUGAUUCAGCUGUUGAAGAUUUUCCCAAUUCCGCUAUUGAAGAGUCUCCCGAUUCUGCUCUUGAAGAAUUACAAGAUUCACAAGAUUCAAUCAAAAUACUGUACUCACAGGAUUUUCAAAAAGAAAAUAAUGACCUUAAAAUGAAAGAAAUUACAUUGCAAAAAAAGAAACGUGCUACCCCAUAUAUCGAUGGUUUAAAUCCUAAAGUCCUCAAGCCAUUUAAGAUUCCUACGAAUGAUCCUGAAAAAAUUAAACUAUACAAGUAUCGCCAAAGAAUGCCGUUGAAGAAAGCUACAAAUAAUAUUAUAAUUCAGCUUCCCAAAAGUGACAAACUACUUAACAUUACUUUAAAUAUUUCACUUAAUAAUUAG